AUGAUUCGUUACAGUAAAGCCAUGGAUAUGAGAAACUAUUGCCAUUCAUGCAAGAGAGACAUCGUCCAAUCAGAAAGAUGUUGUUGCAAUGAGAUUGAGCAUGCAAAUAUUAUAUCAAGUAAAAUGAGGUGGAAAGUGUUGUGGAUGAAGCUCAAGAAAGAGAAGAAGAAGUUGUUUGAGUCUGCAUCACUUCUGCAAGUCCCUUACAAUCCAUACACUUACUCCCUGAAUUUUGACCAAGGCACUGCAAAGGAUGAGCUACAUAACCUCUCUAGAUCAUUUUCUGUUCAGUUUGCUGAUCCUUCUAGCUCUGCAGUACUUGUGAAGAAAAAGAUUAAGUGA